AUGGCUGCCUCCCGUUCUACGUCGACUGUAAUCGUUUCUGCAAUAAUCACGAACAUUGUCACAAGCUUCAUUGCUUCGACUACGACAGUUUUAACUACGUCCACCAACGUCGAGACCAUCUACCAGACGAAUACGGUAGUCCUAAACGCCAAGGCCACUGUCGAAGCAACCUCGACAUGGACAUAUACGUCGCACCACCCAGUCACCGUCACAAUGACCGAAUUCUCGACAAAUUCUGAGCCUGCGUCUCAAUCCACAGAAGCUCCGGCCCUCGUUACCAGCGAUUCGGACGGAUCUUCGACCAAUAAAAACCUCUCGGGAGCUUCUAUAGCCGGCAUUGCUAUUGGGGUGACCGCCUUCACAGCCAUAUUCGUUGCAGGCCUGAUUUACUUUGUUCGCCGUCAUCUCGCCCGUGCCAAGGAGAGAAGGGCCAUUAGCGAGGAUUAUGCUUUCCUCGGGACAGGUCGCAGCGACUUUGAAGGCCCAACCCGAAGCAACAGCAACAGUGGCAAAGGCCCAUCGAUAGUCAUGCUCAACAGGCACUACUCAGGACCCCCGCCGCCAAGCGCUCGGCGACCCAGCGCCCAAAUAACAACCACUCAAUAUGCGGAUCCGAUGCAGAACGAACGCGGACUCCCGCCGAUUCCGUGGUACUCGACUACGUCCAAAACCUCACCUCCCACGUCACCUAUCUCACCUACCUCAGGCUCCUUUCCCUUUAGCAGCGAUCUCAAGCAGAUAGUGUCACAGACAUCUCCAGCAUCCCCAACGUACGCUCGCACAUCCCACAUGCGCUCGGGAAGUGCGAACACAACUAUCACAGCUGGCAGUUCGACAAUUGCCGGUGGUAAUAGCACUCAGACGAGCGUGCGAAGUAAUUCGGGUAAGACGGUGCGGUUUUCUGACAGUGGUUUCUCGCACCAACGCGCUUCCUCGUCAGGUUCUGGGGCGGGUACUGUAAUCGAUUCCUCAAGCGACGUUCCAAUGGAAACCUCUGGCAAUAUCCCUAAGGUCCAGGUCACGCCGAUUUCUCCAGUCACACAAGUCGCACCGUCGAAACUGCCAAGCGUGCCCGCCCCAUGCGCAUAUUUAUCGCCCGACCCGCCGUCACCACUGCUACAGCCGCAGCUCGGUCCGCUCCGAAUUGUUAAUGGUUCGAUUGAUGAUGCGUCUGAUCAAGACGAGCCAACUCCAAAAAAUCCUCCGCCGGCGCAGUGA